UGUGUGUGUGUGUGUUCCAGACAGAGGAAAGACGAACUGGAGCAGAGGAUGUCGUCGCUGCAGGAGAGCAGGAGGGAGCUGAUGGUGCAGCUGGAAGGACUGAUGAAGCUGCUCAAGGAUGAGGAACAGCGACAGGCAGCGCAGGCAGCCGGCUCUUCUCACUCCUCUCCCUCUCGGCCGAGCCCGUCAGCCGUCCGCUCUGUAGGUGCUGUACCCUCCCAGACACACAUGUAUCCUCCUCAGGACUCCCUCGCUGGGGUGGGAGGUGAUGUACAAGAGGCUUUUUGCUCAAGCGAGUUUCUGGAGCAGAACAAGAUGGUGGCAUUGGAGGCUGUCCAUGACAGCAGCGACCUUUUUAUUUUGGUCCCCGGGUUUUGA